AUGGACCCCCAAGCCUACCUAAUCCGCCACGGCUGGACCGGACCAGGAAACCCCCUGAACCCGAACCGCCGGCCCGGCACGCACGGGGGCCUUGGGCUGACGAAACCCCUGCUCGUGGCGCGCCGCCAGGGCAACGAGGGAGUUGGGAAAAAGACGACCAAGGAUCCGACGAAUCAGUGGUGGUUGCGCGGGUUCGAGGACGCGUUGAAGGGCGUUGGGAGUGAGGCGCCUGCUGCUGGUGGGAGUCAGCCGAAUGCGUUGACGAGUGAGUUGUAUCGGUUUUUUGUGAGGGGGGAGACGGUGCCGGGGACCAUUGGGGGGAAGAAGGAGGGUAAGAAGGAGGAGAAGAAGGAGAAGGGGGUGAAGAGGAAGAUGGGAGAUGGGGAGAGUAAGGAGGAGUCGCGAGAGGCGAAGAAGGCGCGCAAAGAGGAGAAGAGGCAGAAGAAGGCAGCGAAGGAGGAGAGACGGGCUGCGAGACAGGCGCGGCGGGAGGAGAAGAAGGUGAAGAAAGAGGAAAAGGAGAAGAGGAGGGCGGAGCGCAAGGAGCGCAAGGAGCUGAAGCGUCAGAAGAAGGACCACAAGCCGGAGGAUGACUAUCCUACGCCGGUGUCGAUGGAGUUGGAUUCGGCUGAGUCGAGUGGACGCGACGAGGCGGCUGUUCUGAAGGAGCAGAAGAAGGCGAAGAAGGCCGAGAAAGAGAGCAAAAAGACCAAGAAGCAGGAGGCGACAUCCUCAGCCGACGAGAAACCCAAGUCGACGUCGAAGCCGAAAAAGUCCAAGGACGGGAAAAAGACGCAGGAUUGA